AUGUCCGAAAUCCGUGUCACCCCCCACAAAACGUAUAAAACGAACCCAUAUUCACCUGCAGACCAACAAAAACAACCAGAUCGAACUCUACUACCAGUAAACCCACCUCAAAACCUACCACCUAAUAAUCCACCUCCACCACCUAAUCCACCUCAAGUACAACAACAAGAAGAAAUGGCCCAAGCUACAUACCCAGCAUUCGAUGGCACUAACCCUCGCAAGUGGUUAAAUGAAAUGGACAUCGCUUUCACGGUUAACAAUAUCCAAGCGGAUGCCCACGAGCGAAGAAUUGGAAGUACUAAACUCUGGACCAGCAAAAAUAUGGUACCAUUUCAACAACUUCCACUUCUUCACUCGACAUACAAUGCCAAGAACCACGAGAAGACGCCAUCAAAUACAACACGUAGCACGGCUCGUCAACAGACGCACAGCCGUGACUAG